AUGAAUUAUAAUAAACAUCAUUCUCAUUUUCAACAAAAAUGUUCAACAUACAAUUCAUUUUCAACAACAGCUUCAUCAAAUCAACAUCCACAAAAUCAAUCAACAAAAAGGGAUGACGAACGCCAAGGCUCACAUCACUGUUCUCAUUUACAGCAGCCAGAAAUGGCUGUUAAUAACAGGGAAUGGCAUGAAGAUAGUCGCUCAUAUUCUCAAUCAUCACAUCAUCAUCAUUCACUGCAUCAAACUUAUACAUCAAUAGUGCAACGUCCACCAUCUUCAAAUCGUUCACAUUUACAGCUGCCGGAAACGGCAAGUAGUAGCAGUGUGGAAUGGCACGAAGAUGGUCAAAGACAUACGUACCGACAACAAUCAUCAUCACAAAAUCGUUCGUAUCAUGCGUCACGUCAACCAUCUCGUCACCCACAUGAACAUCUCCUAAAUCGAUCUGAAGACAACAUCCCUUCGUCAAUUCCUGAAUCAAAGAGAAGGAAAUGGCUGAAAGCCGGAGAAAAAGCACGUGCAAAACAUCAAUUAAAUGCAAUUACAACACCAUUCACAUGGUCAAAACACCAUUACGGCGAACCAGUCCUCAUUGAUUAUCUAACAGAUCAUGCACAAUUAAAGGACUUAAUCGAAAAAGUUAAAUCUGUUAAAUUAUAUAUGAUUGAUACAGAAGGAGAUGCUAAUUUAAACAGAUAUAGUUCUGAUAAAAAACAAAACAGUACACCAGCAUUAAUACAAAUUCAAGCCAUUCAUAGCCAAGAAAUUGCCACAGUAAUUAUCAUCGAAGCACAAUUUCUACCCCAACCAACCACAGCUAGUUAUUCUUGUUUACACAAUUACGAAAAAUUAAAAACAUGGGAAACAGAAGAAGAUAAAAUUACACGUGCAGAAAUGAUUAUCUAUGCUAUCAACGAUGUCUUCGCUCCCACCCAUUUGUAUUUCUUUUUAGAAACUCCAGAAUAUUGCUUCACUUCACACACAUCUACAUCAACAACAAUGAUUGAAAAACCCCAUAUAUUCUUAUUAGCCGAUAGUCAUGGAAGAAACAUUCAUAAACGACUACCAUCAUCAUGCAAUUACCAGUUAGAUAUUGAAUGGCAAUCAGGAAUGAAAUGGGUAGACAAUUAUCAAGAAAACAUGUCAGCAAUAGAUGCCCUUACAACAGCAGCCGUGUCUUCCCGUCUUUCACCAUCAUGUGCAUUAAUUCUACUACUUGGAACAAAUUCUAUAAGAACAACUCCAUAUGAUCAAAUAAUUCCACAAAUCGAAACAUUCAUUGUCAUCAUUCGUACUCGUUUUCCAAACAUAAAAUCAAUAGCUAUCGUAAAUUGUAUUCCUUGUGCUAAACAGACCAACCGAUUUCCUUUCGAAAAUCUUCAAUCAAACAUCAGCAAGUAUAAUACUUCAUUGAAAUUGUUAACAGAAGCUUUCAACGUGCAUUUAAUUGAUCCACAAAUUCAAUUACAUUAUCUGAAUAGUGAUGGUAUUCAUAUAGACGUUUUAUAUCAAGAUCUAUUAUUCAACGCACUAUUUCAUCAUUGUGAAUCUUUAACUUCGCAUACCAUAACAGUAACAGAACACCCCCAAAGUGCUUUAAAUCAUUCUACAUUAGACGAUCAUGUCAAUUCUAAUAACCUUAUUGAUACAACAACAACAACACUCAUACCAUCAAUAACUACAACAUCUUCCAAUGAAAUCAAUAAAGAUCAACAACAACAACAACCACCGAAGGAAAAAACGAAAGCAGUACGUACUGCUGAGCAAAAGACGGCCCGAAAUAGAAAACGACAUGAAAGAGCAAAAGAACAUCUGCUAGAAAAUUCAAUUUCACGUACAAUAUGUAAAGGUUGGAGUAUGAAAUUAAUAAAAGCUGUCUUAACACAUUAUGGCAUCAGUUCGUACCAUACCCCAAAUCCACAAAAAGGAAAACUAGAAAUACGUUUGAAAACACAAGAAGAAUCCCAUCUCGCCAAUCAUCAGUUACCAGAUGAUGCAUUUAAUGAAGAAAAUUUAACAGAAUGGUUAGGCAAGCAACAACCAGAACCGGAAUUAUAA